AUGGCGAAUGGUGGGGCCUUAAGGAGUGUCGUGGAACAGAGGGACCUCAGAGUUCAGGAGGCCUUAGCACAGAUUCAUGUAAACAACAGCAGAGGUGAAUUUGGGCCCAUUGCAAGUUCUGGUGGCAUCAGCAACAGCUGCAUCAGAGAGGUGAGCCCAAAGCAGAAAAAAGCCAAUGUGAUUGAUUCAACAAACUCUUACUCACUGCUGUUGAUGGACAAGGCUGACAUUCAGGAACUGCCUGAAACGACUCGUAGACUCCUUGCCAGUAAUGCGGUCACUGGGACAGAUCAGAGCCCUGAUGAAGAGAAUGGCCCCUGGAAGGUGGGGUUAGAUAGCCCCAGUUUUCAACCAAUAAUGCUGUACAGUACGAACAGACGGUUGAAAGAACAACUGUACAGAGCCUUUGUCUCCCGAGCCAGGGAAGGGUCGUUUGAUAAUGGGGCACUGAUUGAAGAAAUUAGAAAGCUAAGACAUGAGUUUUCCCAGAUACUUGGCUACAAGAACUUUGCUGAAUACUCCAUCAGUAAAAACAUGGCAGGAAGUGUGGAGAGAGUGUGGAAUUUUGCUAAUACACUGCGUGCCCGGAGUUACCCAGUGGCACAGCAGGAACUGAGGACCCUACAGCGGUUUGCUAAUAGUCAUGGCCAUGAAGGCAAACUGCAACAGUGGGACAUAGACUAUUGGGAUGAGCUACAAAGUAGAAUACUGUUCAGUGUAACCAAAGAGCAGCUGAGACAACACUUUCCAUUGCAACGGUGCGUUCUAACGGAUUUUCUAAUAGGAUCUGUAUUUCUUAACCCUCCAACUAUUUAUUAAUCUAUGUCUGCACUGAGUCUGUAUUUGAUCUUGUAACUAUAUUGCAACAUACAGCAGAGACAAGUAAAACUAUAAUUCGGAUCCCAGUGAUGGAGAAAUUAUACUUGAGGAUGUGUAAGGGACCAGGAUUGGAGGAUCUUGGAGAGUCAUAGA